GGGUAGACUAGGCUGUGGCUGACAGGGGUGGAGGCAGAGAGGGUAGACUAGGCUGGGACAGGGGGUGAGGAGUAGGCUGUGGCUGACAGGGGUGGAGGCAGAGAGGGUAGACUAGGCUGUGGCUGACAGGGGUGGAGGCAGAGAGGGUAGACUAGGCUGUGGCUGACAGGGGUGGAGGCAAAGAGGGUAGACUAGGCUGUGGCUGACAGGGGUGGAGGCAGAGAGGGUAGACUAGGCUGUGGCUGACAGGGGUGGAGGCAGAGAGAGUAGACUAGGCUGGGACAGGGGGUGGGGGGGACAGAGGCACACAGCCCAGACCACACACCAGCAGCAUUCCCACAAACCUCUGCAACAGAGAUGGACGUAGAGGCGCCAGCGGACCGGACAUUAAGACGUCUUUACCUCUCACAUUCACCAGCAGAAAGGCCAUGUAUUUUCCCUCCCAUCAACCCUGCUACUCAAAGAAAAGAGAGGGGAGACCCAGCCAAGCUCCCCCUCCACGAGCUCCCCCUCCAGGAGCUCCCCCUCCACGAGCUCCCCCUCCAGGAGCCCCCCUCCAUGAGCUCCCCCUCCAGGAGCCCCCCCUCCAGGAGCACCAGAGUAAAGUGGAGGACAACAAGCGUCUACUUGAGGAGCUGGCGCGUAUGGAGGAGGAGCUGAUAGACCGUCUUCAACGGGAGGUGGCGAGACAGAGAGAGCUGAACGUUCUGCGACAGGAGGACAACAGGCUACGCUGGAGGACACUGUGCUUCCUCCAGCUCAACCAGCGCCUCAAAAAGCCCGUUGUAACCAGCUAUUACAAGAACAUCCCGAUGCACAUCUACUGUCUCCCUAUUCAGACUGUUGGAAAAGGCAACAGUAACAAGAAGAAGAAGAAGAAGAAGUGGCAGAGAUGAGAAGAAGAGGAAGUAGAAUAGGAGUGCAGUCUGGGAGGAUGUGUGACAGUUCAUUGGUUCCACUUCCAUGUACCACUGUGGGACACAGGACUAUGUAACUCACAAGUCCUGCUGAACGCUGCUUCCUUAACAUUCUGUACUGCAUUGGGAAAAAAGAAAGUCACAAAGAAUAUUUUGGAUAUCUAUCUGCUCUCUCUCCGGUAUUUCUUACUUUGCCACUAUACUGAUAUACACUGCCUUCAGAAAGCAUUCAGACCCCUUCCCUUUUUCCACAUUUUGUUACGUUACAGCCUUAUUCUAAAAUGGAUUAAAUAAAAUAAAACAUCCUCAGUAAUGUACA